AAUAUCGAUAAUAUAACACAGUAUGUGGUUUGGUUGAUAUCGUUAUCGAAAUGUUAAUCGAUUGACUUAGUGGAUUUAUUCAUCACAAUAUCAUAUGCUGCAACAUACACAACGUAAGACUUAAAUGUUUAUCAACUUAAGAAAGGUGACAAGAACAACGGCAUUGUAUAUCGAUAAGCUAUCAAAUACAGAAAUUAUUGGCUAUAUCUGCCAAGUACGAACUUCGAUAAGCAAUCUUUUUCAUUUACUGUAGCUGUUCUACUCCAUAUGAAAUCUGAAAUAAGUGGCAAGAGCAAUAACAAUGUAUAUCGAUAAGUUAUCGAUAGCAGCCAUCAAUUGCUUCACCUGCAAACUAUGAACUAGCAAUAUUUUGUUGUGAGCGCACAAUGCAAUCAGCUUUUGGUUACUGAAGCUAGCGUACUCCACAUUGCAUCAAAAAUAAGUGCCAAGAUAAUGUACGUAACUACGAACUAGUAUGUUUGGCAAUGUAUAUCGAUAAGUUAUCGAUAGCAGCCAUUAUUCGCUGCAUCUGGAAGCUAGGAGCUAGCAAUAUUUUGUUGUGAGCACACAAAGCAAUCUUUUUCAUUUACUAAAGCUAUCGUACUCCAUAUGACAUCCGAAAUAUACCCAAAAAUUGUUCACUCAACUAACAUAAAAGACGCGACCAGAAAAUGGGCGAGAAUCCCAAUUUAAUGGAGCAGCGUGAACGCAUUGACAAUGCGCUCAUCAAUGCCGUCGACGACAUGGAUCGGGAGCAUUUGCGCAAACUGCAGCUGACGAUGCACGGAUGUGCCAAACGCUGUUGUGCCGAUAUGAACGCCAGUGCGGAUGCGGUACAGCGUUGCGUUGAUCGCUGCCAAAUGCCGCUGACGCGCGCCCGCUGCUAUGUGCAACAGGAGCUGGCCGAGUUCGAGUCCCAGCUGGAGGAUUGUCUGCGCCAGUGUCAGUUGCCCGGCGAAGAUGAUAACUGUGGCGGGCGUGUCGAGCGCUGCUCCUUGGACUGUGUGGAUAAGUAUGUGGCGCUAUUGCCGGAAUUAUUGAACGCGAUGCGCAUGGAACUGGAGAAGGGCCUAUAAACGGGCGGGGGCGGCCAACGCAGGCAACAAAACAUAUCUACGUUAUAGUCAGGAAAUGCAAAAAAA